UUGUUCGAACGCGGGACGACAACGAAACGACGUGCGUGUCAAAAAAAAACUUUUUUUUUAAAUACGGACGCAUCCUUAUUUCAUAUUCAGUGCGGUGUGGUGAUUCGCUGAGUGUGGACGUGUUUUUUUGAACUUUUUUUUACAUAACCAUGAAGCCACUACUACGAACAGUGGUGGCAUUGUGCCUCCUACUGGCCACUCAAGCGCAUCCGGACAAUAUCGAAGAAGCCAAAGAAUUGCCUCAAAAGAGCGAACCCGUCGUGGAGGCAGAGGAGUCCUCACCGCAAGUGAGAGAAGAACGGUGUACCACAUGCAAAGGAGGCGUUAAUUUGAAAUUCAAAAGCCCUAAUGAGGUCCUAGCAGCUAUACAGGCGUUGCCUGGUGCUGAAGUGCAUUCCCAGUCCUCGUUCGAAAGCUGCUCGUCCGACAAAGGCUGCGCCGGACUCAAAGUAAAGGACGGACGUGUCAUCGAACGGUUCGGUAACGUCGACGCUUUCAAAGCGGCGGCCGCGUCCGACACAGGAAACGAGUUCACUUUCCAUGCCGCAGGAAAUGUGUUUGAAGGAGGUAUCCCAAAAGACGGACCCUUCUGGUGGAUGAACCAGAAUUCCCCUUUCAAGAACGCUGCCGCUGGCGGUGGCGGAAGCUUCGAGAAGUUCAGCCAGUCUAGCUCCUCGUUUACCAGCAGUGGUAACGCUGGAGGCGCUGGAGGCGCUGGAGGCGCCGGAGGUGCAGGACUAGGCGGAGGUGCCGGACUAGGCGGUGGUGUCAGUUUCGACCUGAACGCGAAUCCCUUCCUGAAUGGAGAGUUCUCGAAACUCGCCGGCUCCGCCGCCGCUUUCGGAGCGUCGGCGCAAGGCAGUGCUAAGCCUGCUGGAUCAGGUUUCCAAUCGUCUUCCUUCGAGUCUUCCAGCUCGACGUUCAGCAGCAACGGAGGUGAAAUCGAUCUGAAGAGUAAUCCGUUCUUGAACGGCCAGUACAACAAGAAUGCGGCUGGAUCUGGCUUCCAGGCUGGAUUCUCGGCCGGAUCAGCUGGACAGGGCGCUGGUGCGUUUGGUGCUACUGGACAAGGCAGCCAAGGUGCGGGACAGUUCGGCGCCCAGGGCAGUCAAUUCGGAGCCCAAGGCAGUCAAAGCUCAUUCGGAUCAAGCUCAAGCGGCCAGAGCGCAUUUGGAUCUGGAUCUAGAGGAACCGGAGCUGGAUUCGGUGCAAGCGGAGGUUUCGGUGCUGGUAGCGGACAAGGAGCAGCCGGACAAGGCUUCGGCGCUAGCUCAGGACAGAGUGGUUUCAGCGCUCAGGGUGGCUUCAACAGCGCCGCUAGCGGAAACGCCGGGCAAGGAGCUCAAGGAUUCGGUCAAGGUUCCACCGGAGGCAGCGGCCAGAGCACAUUCAGCAGCCAAUCGAGCCAAUCCUCAUUCCAAGGCCAAGGUUUCGGUCAGGGCAACCGCGGCUACACGGGCUCCACCCCCAGCCCGUUCACCGCCUCCACUGCUGGAUCCAACGUGAAUCUAAUCCAGAAUACUCAGAAGACGAGUGAAUUCGACUUCGAGCAGCAACAGCAGACCCAGUCGAACAUCGACGAAGCUUUCCAGGGUACUGGGAAUGUGCAGAGCCACGCGCAUAGCGGUAGUGAGCUGCAGCAAACCUGCGCCGGUCAGGGAUAUGUGUGCGUCCACAAGGCGCAGUGCAACAAUGGAGUUGUGAACACAAAUGGCGCCAGCGUGCUACAGGCGAAAACUAAGAAACAAUACUGCAACACCAGAACCGAAAUUUGCUGCCGCAUCGAAAUCUCCACCCUUGCUGGAGCCAGCGACCUCCAAGGUUCCCUCGGAGUCGGAGCUGGCACCUACAGCGGCAGCAGCUCCUCCAAUAGCAACCGUCAAGGAGGACUGUUCGUGUCAUCUAGCCAAUCAGGAAACAACGGCUUUGGCGCGGCUGCUGGCAGCAGCCAAUCUGGGCAAAGUGCUUUCGGCGCUGGCCAAUCAGGACAGAGCGCUUUCGGCGCUGGCCAAACAGGACAAAGCGCUUUCGGUUCCAGCCAGUCAGGACAAAGCGCGUUCGGUUCCGGCCAGUCAGGACAAAGCGCAUUCGGUUCCAGCCAGUCAGGACAAAGCGCGUUCGGCAGCCAAUCAGGACAGGCCUUCGGCAGCCGAGGCUCAGGAUCUUCAUUCAACGCUGGCGCUAGUGGAACCACUGGACAGGCCGGUUUUGGAGCCGGCUCUUCAACCUUUAACGCUAACCGUGGCUCAACGGCCUCAAGCUUCGGACAAGGAACCCAAGGCUUCGGUGCCCAAGGUACUUUUGGAACCGGAUCAGUGAACAAAGCUGUCGAAUCCAGCUCAUCUACUUUCGGAUCAACGACCAGAGGAACAGGAUUCGGAAGCUCUGGAACCAAAUUCGGAGCCGGAUUUGGAGUGGGAUCCACAGUCGCCCCGACCACCGCUGGCCGCUUCGGAGGAAACGAAGUUGUUUACAAGCAAACUAGUCAAUCCAACUUCGUCGAAACUGACUCCUUCUCAUCAGGAAGCGAGAAUGCUGGAAUCUUCAGACCUGGAAGCGGGCUUAAGCCGGGCAUUCCUUACCUGCCUCCUGAUAACACUAACCAGGGCUCAAACGUGGUGUCUUCAACCGCUUUCCCGUCUACGUUCGCCCCUCGCCCUACCACCCCCCGGCCGACGUACCUUCCCCCCACCCCGUCGACUGCAGCCCCGGGAUACUUGCCUCCUAUUGGCGAGCCUAGCUUCAACACGGAGACAAGGCUGCCAGGACCCCCGACUUACAACGAAGGACAGCUCAUCUUGGACACUUCGAGGCCUGGACCUACUAGAACUCCUGUGCCUGCUCCUCCUAGUGAAGUGCCAUCAGGCUGCGCCGCAGCUCUCAAGUGUACCCCCAUCGAGUACUGCACAGCCGAGGGCGUCAUCUCCAACACCACUAUUGCCCUGACUAGAGACCAGGAGGCCUACAGAGUCCCACUUACGGAUUGCAAGGAUCUUGAGACUGGACGCGUCGGCAAGUGUUGUCGCGAUCCCUUCUACACCGAUCCCUGGCCAGUCAACCAACUUGGCAAAUGGGUACCCAACACGUUCGGUGGAAACGACGGCAAGUACACUCCAGACAGCAGAGGCUCACCCAGCAUUGGCAGACCAGCCGUCACAGCCAGGCCCCCUAUCACUGGCUCCACCCUCCUUAACAACUUCAGGUACAGUAGAGGCUCACCAGCUGUCACAGCCAGGCCUCCUAUCACUGGCUCCACCCUCCUUAAUAACUUCAGGUCAACGACCAAACCGACUCCAACCUUCGGCCCUAACCAAGUGACCCCAGGAUUCCCCUCCGUCACUCAAACGUCGUACGUCAAGGGCGGCCAAGGUCAAUACGAGGUCCGCGGCCAAGGUCAGGCCAGUCAGGUCGGCCAAGGUCAAUAUGAGGUCCGCGGCCAAGGCCAGGCCAGUCAGGUCGGCCAAGGUCAGCUCGGAUUCGGCGGUCAGGGACAGAUUGGUGUUGGAGGUCAGGGAUCGGCUGGUCAAUUUAACUCCCAGUCCCAGUUCAGCAGCAGCUCGUUCGCUCAAACCCAGCGCGGUCAAGGUCAAGCUGUGACCACUGGCCAAGGUCAAAUCGUGCAGCAAGGGAAAGGUCAAGGCGUGACCACUGGCCAAGGUCAAAUCGUGCGGCAAGGGCAAGGUCAAAGCGUGACCACUGGCCAAGGUCAAAUCGUGCGGCAAGGGCAAGGUCAAAGCGUGACCACUGGCCAAGGACAAAUCGUACAGCAAGGGCAAGGCGCCUUCGCUCAGGGCGGCAGAGGACAGGUUGGCUUCGGGUCGCAAGUGUCUGUACAAGAACAGGCCGCUUUUAACUCCAGAGACCAAAGCAUCGCCCAAAGCCAACAGGCCAACCGCGGUAACGCCGUCACCGGCGGCCAAGGUCAAGCCGUCAUCGCCGGCCAAGGUCAAGCCGUCAGCCAAGGAUUCGGCCAAGGAGUCAGCCAAGGUUUCGGCCAAGGGGUUAGCCAAGGGGUCGGCCAAGCAGUCAGCCAAGGUUUCGGCCAAGGUGUCAGCCAAGGUUUCGGCCAAGGUGUCAGCCAAGGAUUCGGCCAAGGUGUCAGCCAAGGAUUCGGCCAAGGUGUCCGCCAAGGCUCCGGGUUUUCCGUGAGCCAGGGAGGCGGAUUCAAUGUGGAAAAUGAGUACUCAGAUUCGGCUUCUAGAGUGUUCUUGAGUCGCUACAGCGCCGGAGGACAGUGUGGAUUGUUCAAUGGCCAGAAACCGUACGGCAACCGCAACGAAAACGAAGUGGACUUCGCCGAGAUCCCCUGGCAGGCCAUGGUACUCCUGCAGACCAACAAGAGUCUGUUGUGUGGAGGUGUCAUCACCAGGCCUGAUGUUGUUGUCACAUCCGCGUCUUGCCUCGAUGGGCUCCAAGCCAAGAACGUUCUCAUCAAGGGAGGAGAAUGGAAACUCGGAAUAGAUGAGGAGCCCCUGCCCUUCCAGAUUGUCCAGGUCAAGAACAUCCUGCGCCACCCCUACUACAAGCGUGGAAGCCUCCUCAACGACGCUGCGAUCCUGGUACUCUCCGAGAACCUGCGAUUCGCGAAGAACAUCUACCCGAUAUGCUUGCCGAGCGCGCAAGACACCCUGGACGCGUUCUACAACGGCGCCGGAGAGUGUAUCGUCACUGGAUGGGGGAAGCAGGUGUUGCAAGCUCAUCUCCUGGGCUCCAUCAUGCACAGCAUCAACGUUUCUCUGAUCAACCCUGGAGAGUGCCAGGCCAAGAUCGCCCAGGACUACCCUCAUCUGCUGGACCAGUAUGACCAGGACAGCUGCGCGUGCGGUCAGCCUACCAACCCCGUCAACAACAUUUGCAGGGUUGACACAGGAUCCGCCCUGGCUUGCACUACUGACAACGUUCACUGGGUGUUCAGAGGUGUCUACUCUUGGGAGUCAGGCUGCCAACCAGGCAACCAGCUCGCCGGAUUCUACAAGUUCGACCUGGAGUGGUACGAGUGGGCCAUCGGACUCCUGGAGAGCGCUCGCUUCGCUCAGUUCUCCAGUUCCAGCAGUUCCAGCUCUAGCCAGCGGUUCACGAGCGGCGUGAAGGGAGGUGCUGGCGGUGCUGGCGGUGCUGGUGGUGCUAGUGGCGCCGGCAUUAAAGUUUCAGGUGGAUUCGGCGCCAGCUUCGGCGGUUUCGGCGGCCAAGUCGGCUUCGGCACUGGACAGUUCGGCCAGUUCUCCUCAAAGAUCACCCAGGCCUCCUCAAACGCAGGAAAAGGAGCUUUCAGCGGGGAAGUCACUGGCCCCGUGAGCAACAGCUACAGCGCCACUUACUCCGAGAAGAAGGUCUUCCAAUCGGAACCUAAAAUCAUCACCUACACCACCAAACCUGAGAUCGUCACUUUCACCACUAAACCAGAAUAUUUCACUUUCACCACUAAGCCUAAAAUAGUAACUUAUACCACUAAACCACAGAUAAUAACCUAUGAGACUUCUGGAAGCGGCACGAACCCGCAAUACGUAGCGCCUGGUGUUACGUUCAACCCGUCUUUCUCAGAACUGGUUGGACAGCAUAAGCAUAAUGCUGCUUGCAAAUGCUUGGAUGGGAAGAAGUAAAGUACUUUUGUAGAUUUCUAGAAACUCUUGAUAAAAAAUUGCAUUGAAAU